UGACAAAAGUGACAUUCACUAAAAUCACUAAAAUCUCAUAGUAAAACAUUACUGCAUCAAACCAUUUCACAUACAUUUUGUCCCUAGGGCGGACUGACCAUUUGGAAACUCGGGCACUGCCCGUGGGCCUGGGGUCAGUAGGGGGCCCCAUGAGAUGCCCCUGGUACCUUUUUCAUAGGCUUUUUCGAGUUUGGGCAAGGACACAGGGGCCCCAUGAUCCCCUAUUGCCCGGGGGCCCCAUGAGUUAUCAGUCC